GCGGUGGCGCCACGCGCGUCGUGCGGAGAGUAUCGAUCGGUCUGUGCUGUGCUGUGAUUGUGCUGUGCUAUUGAGGUUUAUUUUUUUUUUAAUUGAGUGUUUUCCUUCUAGAAGGGAUUUGAAGGGUAUCAAAAUGUUUAUAUAAAGAAUUUUGUAAAAACUGGUAGAAUCUUAACAGUGUGAGAAUAGUGUAGUGAAAUGUGAUCAGAAGACUCCAAAAUGUGCAGCAAAGACCAGAUCAACCAUAUCCUGGGGAAGAUCAAUGUGGGCCUGCCGUCGUGGUCGAGCGGCGUGGAGGCGGCGGCCGCGGCGCGCGCGCGUCUCGUGCGCUGGGCGUGCGGCGACCCCCCGCCCGAGCCCGCGCGCAAGAUGCCGCACGCGCUGCGCCGGCGCUGGCCGCUGUGCUCGUGUUUGCAGAAUGACGAGCCCCCGGAGAUCACGUACUGCGUGGUGGGCGGCGAGGGCGGGCUGGCGUUGCAGGCCGUCACCCCCACACAUCCCAUGCCGCCCCAGGACGAGUUGGACGCCAAGUUCGCCGAGCUGGUGGAGGAGCUGGAUCUGACGGCUGUGAACAAGGCGGCCAUGAUGGAUCUGCCGGCUGUCAAGAAGUGGCAAAUCUACUGCAGCCGCCGCCCGCCGCCGGGGCAGGCGCCCCCGCUUGCCACCGCGCCACAGGUGGAGGACUACAUCAAGGCGCUAAAUGAGAUCGCUGAUGCUUUUGCAUCAUCGGACUCCACAUCCCCGGUGGAGGCGUGUGCCCUAGUAGACGGACUGAAGACAGCUCUUCGGACGCGGGCGCAUAGCUUCGUCCUCCGGUUCAUCAAGCAGGGAGGACUGACCAGCAUACUGGAGGUGUUGCAGAGGGCGUCGCGAGAUGAUGCGACCACACGGCAUAACCUGAUAGCUGCUAUCAAGGCGCUUAUGAAUAACUCGACGGGUCGAGCUCACGUCCUAGCGCACCCAACCAGCAUCGACCUUAUAGCGCAGUCCCUGGACACCGAAAACGUUAAAACCAAGGUCGCAGCGCUCGAGAUCUUGGGUGCUGUGUGCCUGGUACCAGGAGGGCAUAAAAAGGUGCUUGAAGCGAUGAUCCACUAUCAAAAGUACGCGGGCGAGCGUGCUCGCUUCCAAGGCAUCGUCAACGAAUUAGACCGCGGCACGGGCGCGUCACGUGAUGACCUUGGGCUGAAGACCGCCAUCUUGUCGUUCGUCAACGCCGUGCUCAGCUACGGGCCGGGGGAGGAGAGCCUGGAGUUCCGCCUGCAUCUGCGGUACGAGCUGCUCAUGUUGGGGAUACAGCCUGUGAUUGAGAAGCUCCGCAAAUACGAGAACGAGACGCUGGACCGGCACAUCGAGUUCUUCGAGAUGGUGCGGAACGAGGAUGAGCGGGAGCUGGCGCGGCGCUUCGACAAGCAGCACGUCGACACCAAGAGCGCGGCCGCCAUGUUCGAGCUGCUGCGGCGGCGCGCGAGCCACACCGCCGCCUACCCGCACCUGCUGUCCUUGCUGCGACAUCUGCUGCUGCUGCCGCUGGAGUACAGUCCGCACGCGCAGCAUUGGCUACUACUGGACCGCAUCGUGCAGCAGAUCGUGUUGCAGCAGCCCUCCCGUGCCGGGAGUGAAAAGGAUAGCGACAGCACGUCUAUAGACCAAGGAAAGGUUUACGAUCCCGACGACGCGCCUUUAGAGAUUAACGUUGGCGAAAUUGUCCAUCUGCUAGCCAAGGAAGAAGAAUUAGUUGCAGCCAGAAAUAAAGCAGAGAAUUUGGAGAAGGAAAAUGUUGACUUAGCCACCGAACUCGCGAAGAAGGAGAAGCAGGUGGACCAGCAGAGCCAAGAGAGGGAGGAGCUAGAGGGCGUGGUCUCGCGGCUGAAAGAGAGGCUCGAGAGGGAGACGGCUGCGCACAUGGAGUGCUCGGAGCGGGCGCGCGCCGCCGCGUGUAGAGUCACGCACCUGGAGCAGCAGCUCACACAAGAAAGAGUGGAACGAUCUCGGUUUGAGAAACUUGUGAGCGAAGGCAGCAUACCCGAUGACGCUAAGGUCAGCAACCUCAAGAGCGUGAUCGAGACGUGCAGUGCUCCGCCCCCGCCGCCACCCCCUGCGCCGCUCGCCCCGCCCCCCGCGCCGUUACCGCCCCCCGCACCGCUAGCACCCGCCCCCCCACUCGCCCCAGCCCCACCCAGACCCAAAAAGAACGUCCCUAGCCCCGGCAAUCCCCUGAAGAGCUUCAACUGGAGUAAGCUACCUGAUGCGAAGUUACAUGGCACUAUAUGGCAGGAGUUGGACGAUACGAAACUGUAUAACGCGAUAGAUCUGCAUUCGAUUGAUAAGAUGUUUUGCGCGUACCAGAAGAAUGGUGUUCAGAACGAAGGCUCAGUAGAGGACUUGAGGCAGUUGGGUUCGAAGCCACGUACGAAGAUCCUGUCUGUGAUAGACGGAAGGCGCGCGCAGAACUGCACCAUUCUGCUGUCCAAACUCAAGAUGACUGAUGAGGAGAUUUGCAGAGCGAUUCUCCGCAUGGACAGCGCGGAACAGCUCCCCAUCGACAUGGUGGAGCAGCUGCUGAAGUUCACGCCGAGCGCCGAGGAGGCCGCGCUGCUGGAGGAGCAUCAGGACGAGCUGGACAGCAUGGCGCGCGCCGACCGCUUCCUCUACGAGAUCUCCAAGAUCCCGCACUACAGCGCGCGCGUGCGCACGCUGCUGUUCAAAAAGCGGUGGGGCCUGGCGGUGGGAGAGGCGCGCGCGCGGGCUGGUGUCGUGCUGCGUGCGGCGCGCGACGUGCCCCGCUCGCGCCGCCUGCGCGCGCUGCUCGAGAUCGUGCUCGCGCUCGGCAACUACAUGAACCGCGGCGCUCGCGGCAACGCAUCCGGGUUCAGACUGUCGUCGCUGAACAAGCUGGCGGACACCAAGUCCAGCGUCAACCGCAACACCACCCUGCUGCACUUCCUCGUCGAGCUGCUCGAGACACAGUUCAAGGACGUGCUACUAUUGGAGGAGGAUCUACCCCACGUGCGCGCCGCCGCCAAGGUGUGCGUAGAACAACUCGAGAAGGACGUCACCGCGCUCAGGACGGGGCUCAGAGAGGUGGCCCGCGAGUUGGAGUACCACGCGCAGCUGCCGGCGCCGCCGCCGGGCGACGCGUUCGUGCCGGUGAUGAGGGACUUCCACGCGCACGCCGUCUGCUCCUUCACGCAGCUCGAGGACCUGUUCCAGGACAUGAAAAGCCGUCUGGAGGCGUGCGCACACACAUUCGGCGAGGACCCGAGUGCAUCCCCGGAAUUGUUGUUCGGCGCGCUCGACCAGUUUCUCGCGCAGCUGGCUGAGGCCCGCGCCGAGGUGGAUGCCGCAAGACGCCGACGAGAUGAGGAGGAGAAGCGCACGCGUCAUGAGCAGGAGCUCAAGAAGCGCACGAUGGAGAGGAAGCAAGGCUCGAGUUUGCUCGGCUCCGUGAAAUCACUGAAAUCCAACGGCGAUUGCAACGGCCACGAGACCCCCCGAGACGGAACCCUCACCAACGGCCAGAAGGGCGAGUUCGAUGACCUCAUCUCGGCCCUCAGAACAGGUGAUGUCUUCGGUGAUGACGUAGCCAAGUUCAAGCGCUCAAGAAAGACGUCUAAAGCCAGCUACAAAGGCCGGGACUCCCCCCCGCGCGGCGUCCACAGAGAGGACUCGAGAGAGAGACAGAAGAAUUGAAUCGGGAAUUGAAUUUCGAACUGUCAGAGUGAUAAUCGAUUUUGGUGAUAAUCGAAGUCAAAUCGAUUUUAGCCUAGGUGUCGAAUAAUCGAAGAAGCGAUGAAUCGAGUGAUUUUGUAGUGAAAUAAAGAUAUCUCUAACUGAAUAAUCCUCCGCUACCUAUUAAUAAUCGAUAUUAUUCAUUUGACUAUUCUCAAAAAUCGAUAUCGACAUGACCAAAUUGACGUUUUCGAGUAGAAGUAAACUCGUUUCGUUUCGACUUAGGAGAUUUAUGCAUAGUCAUUACGAAGAUUCGAUAUCUAAGGGCCUGUAUUCUCGUUGUUUAGUGCGAGUGCAGGUACUUGGUACAAGUGAUUAGUGAUUAGGAGAAAUUAAAGGACUUGCACUUAUCAGUCGCUGUCCAUGCAUACCUCCUCCUGAUUACUAAUCACCUGCAAUAAUCACCUUCACUUAUCACUAAUCAAAGUGAACACAGGCCUUAUCUGCAAACUUAGCUAACUAGAUGUUACAAUUUAGUAGCUAGCUCAGUAUGAUCGUGUAUGUGUAAACACCAAAUUGACGAAGAAAAUGUAAGAAAAAUUAUAAGUCCAAUGUAAAAUUAGGCUCAAUUUAUAGUAGUCACAAUAUUACUUAACGGCUAUAAUUUUAAAUUUUCUGUAUUGGCAACACUUAGGGUCGAUUACAUUGCAAAGUUACGAUUGGAGUAAUUUAAAACUGAACCUUAUUGAGUACAUGAAAAGGUACACAUUUAUUUACCAGGUUUGCCGCAUGCGGCGUUGGGCUGUAUGUUCCAA